AUGCCUCCCGUCUCUGCUUCCAAGGCCAAGCGUCAGGCUGAAAAGGCUGCCAAGGCCGCCGCCAAGGGCGAAAAGUCGUCCAAGUCGUCGUCCAAGUCUGGCACCACCAACGGCACCUCAGAGACGCCGAUGACCAAUCUCUCAACCAACACGUCGGUCGAGGAGCUCAACAUGAAGAAGCUCGCCAUCGCCACCGAGCGAAACGCUUCCGGUGUGAUCACCUCGGACAAGCAGAGCCGUGACAUUCACAUUGACAACUUCACCAUGUCGUUCCACGGUCGUCUGCUCAUUGACACUGCUACCAUCAACCUCAACUAUGGCCAGCGUUACGGCCUGCUCGGUGACAACGGUUCGGGCAAGACUACCUUCCUGGCGGCUCUCGCUGCUCGUGAUGUCGAGAUCCCAGAGCACAUUGACAUUCACAUUGUCUCUGGUGAGGCUGAGCCUUCGGAUGUGAACGCGGUCGACUACAUUGUGCAAUCGGCCAAGGACAAGGUGGCCAAGCUCGAAAAGGAGAUCGAGGACCUCUCGGUCGCUGACGAGAUCGACGAGGUCACACUCGAAAUGAAGUACGAGGAACUCGAGGAGCUUGACCCCUCCACUUUUGAGACCAAGGCUGGUAUGAUCCUGCACGGUCUCGGAUUCUCGCCCGAGAUGAUGAAGAAGCCCACCAAGGACAUGUCUGGUGGUUGGAGGAUGCGUGUGACGCUUGCCAAGGCGCUCUUUAUCAAGCCACACCUGUUGCUGCUCGACGAGCCGACGAACCACUUGGACUUGGAAGCCGUUGUCUGGCUGGAAGCGUAUCUGUCCACGUAUAACCACAUUCUCGUGCUCACCUCGCACUCGGCCGAUUUCAUGGACUCGGUAUGCACCAACAUCCUUGACCUGACGCCGCAGAAAAAAUUCUUGACGUACGGUGGUAACUACUCGACCUACGUGCGAACCAAGGAGGAGAACGAGACGAACCAGAUGAAGGCAUAUGCCAAGCAGCAGGAGGAGAUUGCGCACAUCAAAAAGUUCAUCGCUUCGGCCGGUACGUAUGCCAACUUGGUCAAGCAGGCCAAGUCAAAGCAGAAGAUCAUCGACAAGAUGGAGGCAGCAGGUCUGAUUGAGCCCGUAUGGAUGCCCAAGCCGCUGCGCUUCAACUUUGAAGAUGUUCGCAAGAUGCCUCCUCCGAUCAUUGCGUUUAGCGAUGUCGCGUUUUCGUACAGCGGCAAGAAGGAGGACUACCUGUACCAGGACCUCAGCUUUGGUAUUGACAUGGACUCGAGAGUGGCGAUUGUCGGACAGAACGGUACGGGCAAGUCGACGCUGUUGAACCUGAUCACCGGUGCGCUGAACCCGGUGGAAGGUACGGUGCAGAGGCAUGCAGGAUUGAAGCUGGGCAAGUACUCGCAGCACUCGGCUGACCAGUUGCCGUACGACAAGUCGCCGCUCGAGUACAUGGAGUCCAAGUACAAGGACAAGUUCCCGGACAAGGAGCUCCAGUUCUGGCGAGGACAGUUGGGCCGAUUCGGUCUUUCGGGAGCGCAUCAGACUUCGCCUAUCCGAACACUCUCGGAUGGUCUGCGUAACCGUGUAGUGUUUUCGCAACUUGCCAUGGAGCAGCCGCACAUUUUGCUGCUGGAUGAGCCGACCAACCAUUUGGACAUGGGCUCCAUCGAUGCGCUCGCUCAGGCGAUCAAGGAAUUCGAAGGCGGUGUCGUGAUUGUCUCGCACGACUUUAGGCUGAUCAGUCAGGUCGCUGAGGACCUGUGGGAGGUCAAGGACAGGAAGAUUGUCAACCUCUCCAAGAUGGACGUCUCGAUCCAGGACUACAAGAAGAAGCUGGCCAAGAACUCGGCAGAGGCCAUCGAGAGGGCUAAGCUCUUUGCUAAGGGUAAGGCGUGA